AUCAUCAUAUAGGGACCUUGUUUCUUUUUAAGCAAUAAUAAUGGAAAAGAUGAAUUUUGUUAGAAAUGGAGUGAGCAGAUUGCCUCCUGGUUUUCGGUUCCAGCCGACAGAUCAAGAACUUGUGUUUCAGUACUUGAAAUGCAAGAUCUUCUGCCUUCCCUUGCCUGCUUCCAUUAUUCCUGACCUCAAUCUCUGCAACUUCGAUCCUUGGGAUUUGCCAGGUAACUCUGAUGAGGAAGAGAGGCACUUUUUCAGUCCAAAGGAAGCAAAAUAUCGAAAUGGGAAUCGCAUGAACCGAACAACCACCUCUGGAUAUUGGAAGGCAACAGGAUCAGACAAGAAAAUAACUUCUUUAAGAAACAAUGACAUCGUUGGUAUAAGAAAAACCCUUGUUUUUUACCAGGGUAAUUCCCCAAACGGCUCUAAAACUGAUUGGAUCAUGCACGAAUAUCGUCUUGUCUCUGCUUCUUCCAAGUCCGAGGAGGUCGGAGACUGGGUUCUGUGUCGAGUAUCCCUCAAGAAAACAAGUGGUGGUGACACGAGGAGGACGAGGAGUCACGUUCAGAAUAAUAAUAAUAACAACGACAGGCAAGACAUGGUAGGUCAGCCAACAUUCUUUGAUUUUAUGAUGCUGCAAAACCAAAACCUCCAUGCUUCAGCAUCGUCGUCUUGUUCAAGCUCCAACGGUUAUGUAUCGGAACAUGAAGAAACAAGUGGAUAUACGGGUUUCUAGUUGAACAACACCAAAUCAGUUCUGGUUACUUCUUCUUUUCUUUGUUUAUUUAUGUCCAUGUCCCAUGCAUGUCUCUGUGCAACAUCUAUGAAUGAAGGAAAAUGCGUAUCACUUCAGUGUUCUUCGAUCUUCAUCACCUCGCAAGCUCCUGCUAUCUUUAUUAGCCUCCAAUGAAACAGCAGAAUGACAAAUUAACAAUCCUGCUUCCUUGCCUCAUGGGCUUGUCGGGCCCAAAACAGACUUGGGCUUUUAGCCCAUAUUAAGUUUUAAGCUUGAAAUGUUGUGCUCCUCACACAAGGGGUAGUGGGCUUCAAUUUCUUGAAAAAAA